AUGGAGGGGGUUCAUGAACAGACAAGUGAAAUUACUCUUAGUACUUUACAUACCAUUCUUCUAAAAAUAGAUGCACGAUUCACAAACAUUGAAACAGACAGAUCUUCUUUGGAAAAGAGAAUGUGUGAUAUUGAGAAUAAACUGAGUACUAUUAAUAGAUUGGCAGAAGUAGUUGUUUCACUUGAAAAUAAGAUGCAAAGAUUUGAGGGUGAAAUAAAAACAAUGAAAGAGAUCGUGACAGAGGCAAAGAUGAGUGGCAGAUCUAUAAGUGACAUGUUUGACAGUGUGAAACACAUUGCUGAGAAAGAAUUAAAACAGUUAAAAGAUGAUUCAAGGAAAAUGGACAAGGAACUCAAUUCAAGUGUUCACACUUUAAAAAAGAAAAAUGUUGAGCUACAGGAAUCUAUUACUGAUCUUCGGAGCAGAUCGAUGAGGGACAAUUUAGUGUUUUGUGGUAUCCCCGAAAAAAGAAACGAAAAUUGUAAGACAGUGUUACAUAAUUUUUUAAAACAUAAGAUGAAAAUUGACGACUACAUCUCUUUUGAGAGAGUGCACAGAAUGGGAAAAUUUGACGAAUACAAUACAAAACCUCGAAACAUAGUUGCAAAAUUUUCGUUUUUUCAAGAUAACUGCUACAGUCAAACAAAGAUUAAAAGAUCAGUAUAUUCAAAAGUGGAAUAG